AUGUGUAAGGCAUUUUGAUUAUUCACAUAUAGUUGCUGUAUUGGUAAAAACAAUUAACCAUGUAUUUUAACACUGGCUGAAGUCGCUUUGAUUGUAUAGUGACCCUGCUAAAAACUCCAUCUGCAGCACAGUGCCACAAGGCUUGCCUCACAGUAUGCUGUAAUACAACGGGUGACAGGCUGUUGGUGUCCUUAGCUAUUCAGAAAAUGGCCUAUAUGUAAACAAUAAAAUACCACAUGCAGCCAAUCAGGAAGUGCAAGACAAGGUAAUCAGGCCUGUGAUUGGCUAGCUCAGUGUUCUCCCCUCCCUCCACCACAAUGUACUCUUCAAGUGUCCUCCUGCAUUUAGUGGAGACCAGAUGGAAGGGGCAAUAUCCACAUUGCAAAGCUCUGAGCUAGAUGAGCUGUGAUCUGUCUGCUUCUUCUGGCUAAAUAACGCUGUUUUUUCUUCUGCUCUGCAAAAAAGACUUAGAAGAUUGUUUUCCACAGGAGCCUUUCAACACAAUUUAAGGGAGAACAGACCUGGAGCACGAUGCUUGGACAGAGUGUCAAACUGCUACCUGCUCCCAUUCAGAGUCUCUCAGAGCUGGAGAGAGCCAACCUGCAGAAAGUUGCCUUCUUCCAUCUGCAACAGAACAAUAAACUUAACUGUCAAGUCACCAUUCCCAAAGGGGGUCCUAAAAGGAGGAAACCAUUACGAAGGAAGUUUGAUUCCUUUUCUAAAGAAAGAAAAGAUAAAGAAAGCACUCCCAAGGCUUUUGGGAUUCCAUUGUCUCAAGUGAUUUGUAAUGAUCGGCAUCAGAAGCAGAAGCAGGAUGCGGUAAAGGAGAGCCGCAGGGACUGUCUAAACCUGGAAGCCAGUGUCAUGAGGUUCAGAGCUCAGAAGCAGAAUAAACUGUACAAUAGCAACUUCUCUCUGGUGUCCUCCUUUGAUUAUCAGAAUGAACCGCUCUCUCCAACGCCCAUGGAUAACGGGGCAAGGGUCCAAAGGAGGGGAGGUAUGUCUGUGGAUUCGAUCACGGAUUUAGACGACAGUCAGUCCCGGUUACUGGAAGCUCUUCAGCUCUCCCACCCUCAAGAGCUGGAAAGUAAGAGAGAUAAAGGACGAGUUACGAAACUCAGCCUCAACCCUAUUUACAGGCAGGUCCCUCAAAUUAUGGACAGUUGCUGCCAGCACAUUGAAACGUAUGGCUUGCAGACAGUGGGGAUUUUCAGAGUGGGGAGCUCCAAGAAAAGAGUCAGGCAGUUGCGAGAGGAGUUUGACCAAGGCAAUGAUGUGAUUCUCGAUGAUGAUCAGAGUGUCCAUGAUGUGGCAGCUCUGCUAAAGGAAUUCCUGCGUGAGAUGCCAGACCCACUGCUUCCCAGGGAGUUAUACACAGCAUUUCUCAGUGUGUCUGCGAUGGACACAGAGGAGCAACUCUCAUUCCUGCAGCUCCUGCUAUACCUUCUGCCACCGUGUAAUUGCGACACCCUCUACAGGCUACUGCAGUUCCUGAGCAAAGUGGCAAGCUAUGCUCAGAAUUAUACUGGACCAGAUGGGCAGGAGAUUGCUGGUAAUAAGAUGACUGCAGCUAAUUUGGCUACAAUUUUUGGACCAAACCUCCUCCAGGGAGAGAAAGUGCCAGAAAAGGAUUACAGUCUGAAGUCCUUGGGGGUGGAGGACAGCCCAGCCAUCAUUACAGUGGUCCAGAGACUUAUAGAGAACUAUGAAUCGUUAUUUACAGUGUCACCUGAACUACAGCAAGAGGUACUAAUGAGCCUUCUUCAGAGCGAACCAGAUGUCAUAGACUAUCUCUUGAGACGGAAACUAAGGAAGCUCUCAACUGUCUCUGAGAUGACCAACGCAACUUCAUCCACUGAUGGACGUUAUUUCUCCGAAUCCUCCUACGACUCAAGCAGUCUCUCGAGUGGAGAUAUGUCUAGCUUGGACUCAUCUUCUUAUUUCUCCGAGCAACAGCCCAGAGGAAACCUUGAAGGCGGCAGCCUGAGUGCAGAAAUAUUCUUUAGCUUACUAAGACCUUUGGAUCUGUUAAAUCAGCAAAGAAAACAUUCUUCUGAAGACACACAUGGAAGACUAAGACAAAAUACAACCUCUAAAUCUCAUCAUAACCUAACAUCCAUGGGUCUAUUGUCUUACACAAAUGCAGCCGAGGAAAAGGUGCCUUGCAAAUUUGUAGCUGGUCCUGCGAUUCUCCCUCUGGCCAAGCAUGAGGGAUACCCAAGUCCACAACAGAAGGAUCAAACUCAACUCAUGGACAACAAAUCAGAACAUUUCUUUCAAGACGAUGCUCCUGUGCUUGAUCUUCACCAGACACUUUGUUUUAGCCCAUCCUCUUCCACUACAGUUGGUGGUGAAAUGCAAGCCAGUUCCAGUAGUACAAAUGCUAACCCCUCUACACAAAUUAAUCAGCAAAGAGAGGCUGUAGACAGAAUUUGGGUGAAAAGAGACUUGGGUACAGCGACCGAGCAACCAAAGAGCCCUAAUUUGGGUGAUUUUCUUACUGGAGAUUCUGAACGUGAAACUCUUGUAUGAACUCGUUUUCAGGUCAUAGCUGUAGGAUGUGUAAAUAUUCAGAAAACAGUUUGGUCUAUUUUAAAACCACGGACAGGCCGAUUGAAAUGGAACAUUCCCCGUCAUUAUAAUAUCUGGUCAGCAAAGUUUCAGUCAUAGGUGAAAUCGAUAAAUUGCAACAAUAUUUAAGUUAACUUUAGCCUGAAUAAUCAAGGGGCCCAUGGAGUACCAGGAGAACUGAACCCACAUCAUGGUAAUUCCAAAUCCAAUCUGGUACAUUGGUCCUCAAUGUGGCCGACUGUGUGGAUCUCAUUGAAAUUGUCAGUAUUGUUUCUCUGCAUGUUCCAAGAACAUGUACUUUCUUUGCUUGACUGCUUUGACUAACCUAUAGCUCAGAGUGGUCACAUAUAUGUAAUAUUGAGGCUAUUAAUCUACACCUUGCUAGAUAUCACCACAAUAUGUUAAUACUAUGAUUUCCAAUAUAAAGUUAAAGUUCACAUUUUCAGAUGUUGUGCACAUUUUCAGUAUGUGAGUCAAUGGGCACCGCCCUAAAGUUAAAUAUCAUUAAAAUGCUUACGAUUACCACAAAAUAUUAAAUGAUGCUGGAGAUUUGCUUUUUUCAUGUCUGAGUUUCAUACCUGGAUUGACAUUUUUGCAAAACAAUGGGACCUCAAAGCAUUAACAAAGGUACAAUAUUUAAAAAUACACAAACUACAAAAUAGACAAGCCUAUGGUAAAACAUUGACACAUCACGUGUUAAAACGCGUUUUUUUUGUAUUAUUAUUCUCAUUAACUAAACGGUUUUAAAGUUUUUAUUUAUUUAUUAGCAAUGAUAGUAU